AUGAUUUUAAACCAAGUGUAUGAUGUUUUGAAGAAGAGACUUGAUGAUGGUUACGUGAACUCGCCUCUGGAUUUCAAGUAUGUGGCUUCACUGCAAUUCGUGAUGACAACCAUAGGCUCCUGGCCAUAUAAGCAAUUUGGACGAAAUCGUUUAGCGGCCAUUUUGUCUACGUACAACGCCUUUCUAAUACUCCUUGGCACCGUUUUGUGCGUUUUGGGCUUAAUCUAUAUGCGUGAGAGUGUAGUAAAACUGUCAUUUUUUGAUUUGGGCCAUAAUAUUUUGUGUUUGAUUUUCGAUACCAUGUAUCUGCAAAGACUAUUGACGGCAAGGACAAAGAAAUAUCAAGAGGUAAUAAAGGAUUAUUUACUUCACUUUAACUUGUUUUACUUCAAGGGCCGGUCACCAUACGCUGCAAAGGUACACGCGCAAAUCCACAUUAUAUCAGGAAUGUUCACGAUCUACGUGAUGUGGCAGAUGUUCAUAGGAUUGUUACUGUUCAUAUUCAUGCCGUGGUUCAACAACUAUAACAGAGGCAUGUUCGGCGAAAACCGGCCCCAAAACAGCACGUUCGAGCACUCUGUAUACUAUUAUCUACCUGAUGACAUUGAUACAACUGAAGAGGAAUAUUGGCUAUUAUUUAUCUUCAAUAUGUUACUUUCCUAUAUGACCACAAUUUGCAUGUGCGUUUUUGAUCUCUUACUGAUCUUGAUAGUGUUCCAAAUUUGGGGGCACCUGAGGAUUCUGAAGCAUAAUUUGCAAAACGUUCCACUGCCGGAAAACAGUAUUAUGUACUCAGUUGAAGAGAAUAAUAACAUACGAAUGUUAUUGAAGGAGAAUAUAUUACAUCACAACUUUAUUAUACAAUUCGUGAACAGAUGCUCGGACGCAUUCAGCGAAUAUUUGUUUGCGUUCUACUUGUUCAUGCAGUUCAACACCUGCAUCUUACUGCUGGAAGUCACUACGUUCACCGCGGACUCGCUGGCGAAGUACGGCGCCCUAACCGUCGUCAUGCAUCAGCAGUUAAUACAAGUGUCCAUAUUGUUCGAGAUGUUGAACACCAAGAGUGAGCAGCUGACCGACGCUGUAUACGCCAUCCCGUGGGAGCAUAUGGACACGAAAAACAAGAGAACUGUGUUGUUUUUUCUGCACAGGAUUCAGACCCCAGUCAGUCUGAAGGCCGCCAAGGUCGUCCCUGUGGGGGUCAACACUAUGUCCGCAGUUCUGAAGACCACGUUCUCGUAUUACAUGAUGCUGAAGGCGUUGGCUGGGGAGCGAUAAAUCAAACGGGAGUGGGCAAAAAUAUAUAUAUAUACAGCUCAGAACUAAAUUAUAAAUAAAUUUUUGGCAAGAAUUUCAUUUUUGGUAGUUAGUAGGUUUGGGUUUCGACACGAUUGUAACAGCCCCAAAUACAAUUUAAUUUAUGUUGUUUUAUCACAGAGUUGCCAUGGCCACCUCCUGUCUCCAUCAUCAGAUCAGCUCCAUGUCAUCAUAAUAUUGCAUUUAGUGUAAGGCUCACAUACUGUAUUAGGUUUCAAGCAAAUAAAUACUAUAACA